CCCUCUCAUCCCACAGCCGCCACCCCCAACCCUCUCGCACCUUCUCUCAAUCCCAACCACCCAGCUGCCGCCGUCCUCCGUCCUCUCCCCCAACCACGGUCACCGACAACCCCUCCCCUCCCCUUCUCUCCCACGGCCGCGGUCGGAUCCGCUCGUCCCUUCCACAUCGCAGCCGCCACCUCCUUCCUUCCAGAUCGCGGCCGCCACCUCCCUCCCGCGGAGCUCCCCGCCGUCCAUGGCCUCCCCCACGCCCUCGUCUCUCCCUUCCCCUCACUCGCGCCGCCACCACCACCGCCGCGGCCGUGGAGGAGUACGAGGCGCCUCCGCUCAGGCUCCUCUGACCAUAUAAGCGGGCUAGUGCUCCCCCUCUCGCCUUCGUCUUCUUCCCUCGCCGUCCGCUGCCAUCGGGAUCUGCCGACGGAAUGGAGGCGGUAGACAACGCCAGUUCUGUGCAGGCGGCAAUUCGAUGGCUGCUUCAGACCAUCCUUCCGAGCCUCGGCAAGCUGGACGGGUGGAUUCGCCAAGCAGGGCCCUCUGCCGAGGUGGAGGGGCUGAGGGACGAGAUCGAGCAAGUCGACGGGGUCGUCUCUGCCGUGAACGACAGGGCGGCCCGAAACAGGUGGGUGGCCAGAUCCCUCGCAGCCCUCAAGCAGCUGCUCUACCACGCCGACGACACGGUCGACUAGCUCGACUGGUACAGGUUUCAGCAGGAGCUCCACGUCCACGGAGUGUAGGCCCAUGGCAUUGGCACCAUCCCAACGAAAUUGAUGGACCAAGUAACCAGCUGCCAAGUUCUUCAAGUUCAUCCAGAAGAAAAAGGAGAAGGGGCAACAUGGAGAAAGACGCGGUGCUGGUGUGCAUGGUCCUGGGUUUUCUAGGCUCCGUCGCGGUCACCCUCGGCUUCGUCGCCAACAACUACAGCUCCAAGUCCGUGCAGUACAACGGGACGAACUGCGUGUAUCGGAGCCUGCCGGCGAUGGGUCUCGGCAUCCUGGGGGUGUUCCUGGUGUUCAUCAACCAGGUCAUCGUCGCCGCCUACGCCAGCGGCUGGUGCCUCUGCCUGUGUUGCUGCUGCCCCUGCUGGACCAAGCGCCGCCGGAUGGCGCCAACACCGUCCAAGUGGAACCCAGUAUAGAGUUCGUACGCUGAUUUAACUAGUUGAAACCUGUCCAUUAUUAACUAACCCCUGUUUCUUGAUGGUGUCUAUCUCCACGGGAUAUAAAAUGUGUCAUUGUUAAUAUUGCAUUGGUCCUUGUUGCUCUGUUGGCGUUAGUUACCUUCUUGUCACAUACUCCCUCCAUCCCACAAUAUAAGAUGUUUGUGCAAGCUAACAUUGCUUGCAAAAAUGUCUUACAUUAUGGGACGGAGGGAGCAAUAAGAAGGUGAAUUCUUAUACACUUUUAAGUCCUGUUAAUAACUAUUCAGGGGGCAAUAUUCGUUUCAUGAAUCAUCUAUAAAUAUCAUUCACGUGGUAUUGGGUCAGUUUCUAGCUACCAUUUCUAUACACAUUAUCUGUGUGUUGGCGCCAGUACUUUCAUGACUUGCUAUUCUUAUUCAAGUGGGCGAACUAAGUCAUUUUUUAUUCAGUUUGCGUUCUGCUAUGCCAAAGCCGGCAAUAUGAGCAUCACUAUACACUUUUCACCACUCCACUCCCUCCCAUGCAAAAUCAUCCUCUCAGCUCUCACCCAUCGACGGGGAAUUUUCCAAUCGACACUUCAUUUCGUUGCUAGUACGUAUUACACACACAUGCUCCAUAGCAAAUCCAACUGCAUUCUCUUGUCAAUUUAGGACUGGUAAGUAGGUGCCGCUGAGUCUGAGUGAGUGGUAAACAGUAUAGAGCUUGGACGCUAAUCAAGCUGAUUUAACUAGUAGAUGUCUAGAUUAAACCUGUCCAUUAUUAACCCCUGCUCCUUGAUGAUGUCGAUCUCCACAUCCACAAUAUGUAAACGUGUCAACUUUAAUAUUGCACUGAUCCUUACUGUUUUGUUGGCUUUAGUUAACUUUUUUUCAUAUAAUAAAAACGUGAUCUCGUUAUACAAUUUUGGGUUCUGUCAAUUAAUAGUUUGGAAAGCCUACAAGCCCUCUUAUAGUUAACUAAAAGGUUGUUGAACGUUUUUAACAACUGACUGUUGGACAUUCCCAUGCUGUACAUCACUGAUUAUGUACAACUUGGUACAAAAUUGGUCCGAUAUUAGUUUUAUAUAACAAAAGUAGGGAGGUUCCUGCUGCUUAUUAGUAUCAGCUUUGGAUUAUUACUGUGUUUGGUUCACCACUGUACUGAUUAUCUUGGUGAGCAUUUGUUCAAUAACUGGAAUACAUUGUCUGCUAGGAACUCUAUUUACCUUUGCGUACUAUUACAAAUGUCUGUGAGGGUGCUUUGUGCUACUACUAUAAUUUCAUUCAUGAAUUCUGCACAUAGAUUUUUCAUCCUGCUAUAAAAUUGCUUGUGCCUGAAUCUGUUUUCCGUUGCUAGUCAGAAGUCAAUUAUUACUGGUGUGUUCAGGAUUCUAUUUCCGUCAUCUAAAAUAUGUGUUAAUUCUGAUACAACGUACAGAGCUAUGUGAGCCCUCCUGGAUGGGGCUUCGGUUGGACCUCUGAUUGAGCUCCCCAUAGAUUUUGACCCAAGGUAAACACGAAUUUGCUUUUGUUGUUGCUGUAAAUGUCCCUGUCUUGUAGAGAGUAACAAAACCAUAUGUCAUGGGAGUGUGACACGUACUGUUUGUGAAUGCCUGUGAUAGGAUUAUUGGAUAUUUGCUGAUUAUAUGUCCUUAUCCAUCAUUGUCUGGUUGUUCUUGCAAUCACUAUUAGUUAGGUUGUGUAGGUGCCAAAUUCUGCUUCUGGAUUAGUCUAUUGUUCUCCUGAGACCCUCCUUUUUCCUACAUUGUCUACUGUUUGGAUGGGCCGCUAUCAUUAUAGUCUUUUAAUUGAUGCUACCUAUAUUGACAGUUUGUAUCUAGGCCCUUCGCGGUGGGGUUUGGACGCUGUGUCUGGGUUAUUGUUAUUGAACUUUGGGCCUAAGCAUGGACUUUUGGGGCCUUCAUUUUUGUUGGUGGUUCUGAAUUUGUGUACCUACAGUUCUACAAAAUUGAUAUGACUGAUUGUUUUGUUGCUUGGACAAUAACUUGCUAUUUAUGUACCUAAAGUUCUAGUUUGUUGCUGCUCAAUGCUCACAUUCGUUUCUCAUCCUUGCUAUUUAUGUUGGCUGACAUUACUUGCUUGUUGCUAUUGUGCGACCAGCAUCCGCGUGACAGGGUUUGUCGGAACCGCCAUCGCUUUAGGGUGCUUCUCCAGUGCCGCUAUCAUCACCAAGCGCAGGGAGUACCUGUACCUCGGUGGCCUGACCUCUUCUGGCAUGUCGAUCCUUCGACAUGAAACUGUAUGCUCGGUUUCUUCUCUCCCUUUUGGUGCGCAUGCCAUUACUGCAUGGUGACCACGUAGGUAAAGCUUGCAAGUCAAUGGCAGUUAGAAUUGGCGGCUGGAAAGAAGCGCACACCUAGAUUGAUCUAUCUGCUGGUCUCUGCGAGCAUUUUUCUUCUAGUGUGGUCCAAGCCAGCAUGCAUACAUUUAUACUCCCUCCGUUUUAAAUACUUGUCUUUCUAGGCAUUUCAACAAGUGACUACAUACGGAGCAAAAUGAGUGAAUCUACACUCUAAAAUAUGUCUACAUACAUCCGUAUGUAGUAGUCAUUUGAAAUGUCUAGAAAGACAAUUAUUUAGGAACGGGGGGAGUAUUUACUGGAAAUGCAUGCAUUUCUUUACACACAUGACAAACAAAAGUCGUUGGUGCUGCUAGGAUAGGACAUAGCAGUAGCUUGCUGGCUAGCUAGUGUAUGUUGAAUUGCUGAUCAACUCGCCGUUGGGCUGGGUGCUAGUACACCUAUGUAUAGCUAGCUACCUAGGUAGGAGUAGCUAUGUGGCGCAUGCAGUGGAUUAUUAAAAUAUUACAAUCUCUUGAUCAAUAAUGAAAAGCAUCGAGAUGCAGCUUUAUAUUGGCAUGCGCACGUAUGCAUGCAGCAUGCUGUGUAUGUGCACACUUGUGUACAUCGGUAGCAACAAUAUGUAGUGAUGGUGCCAACCAUAUGGAUGAAGCUUAUAAACCAAGCAUGCAUACACAGUAGUGACGGUUUUGCUAGUAAAACUAUACCAGCACUUACAUUGUAUACAUCGAGUGCCAACAUUUGUGAUUCGUGUCAAUAUGGUCUGACCAACUGUGCUUAACGGUGUUGUGUCCUCUUGCAGCUCAAGAACGCAGGCGACAAGAAGAGGUAGAGGAGGUCUUGAACGUUUCUCCCACACAUCGUAGAUACCACCACCGCGGCCUUCUAGGAAUUAAGCUGGCGCUGUGCCACCCUUGUGUAUCUAUUUUUGAUUGUAUGUGGAAGUUGGACGUGCAUACGUGUAUUUGCUCUUGUGAGUAUUUGACUGGAUGAUCUCUGGAUUUAAUCAGUUAAUUGAUAGAUUUAUUGAUAUUUUGUUGUUCAAAUGUGUAAAUUGAAAUAUGUGAAUGAAAAAGACCAAAUGUUCUACUUGAUAAAAUAA